CGUAAAGGGGACCCGUCUGGCUCCUAGAAGGGCGCCUGGUUCCUUUCGCGUCCUCUUUUCGGCUUCCGGUCCGUCGGUCUUUCUGGCCCGGUCUGCUGCAGCCUGAGGAUGUCACGGCGGGCCUUGAGGCGGCUGCGAGGGGAGCUGCGCGGGCAGGCGCUGCCGGAGGCCGAGGAGGAGGAGGAGGAGGAGGAGGAGGAGGAGGAAGAGCCGGAGCGGGGCCCGGCGGGGCCCGGGCAGGAUGGAGCCAGCGGCAGGCGGAGGAAGCCCCGGCGAGAGGCGGCUGGGCGCGUCACCAACCUCUUCGAGCUGAUAACUAACGAUGAUCCUGAAGCUGAGCCAGCCCCCAGUGAGGAGCGAGAUGAUUCUAGACUGCAAGAGCAGAGCCACACAAGGAACAGAGAAGAAGCUGAUCUUGAAUGUCCGGCAAAUGACAGGGGGAACGAUGGAGAAGAGAUGGACCACCUGGACAAGAUGGCUGCAUCAACUAACAAAACACGGAAGAAGAAGAAGAAAAGGAAGAAUAAGAAGAAUGCAGCAGGCGAAACUCCUUCCCCUCGGGACAAAGACAAUGACGCAGAAGAUGUGGAGAGCGUCCUGGUGGGGCCGGAGAGCUCCUCGGAGCUGUGGGGCCAAAGCCAAAGCAGGGUCAUCAUGGACAGUCGGCCGCUGCUUUAUGUGGAGCGCAGGAACCUGAAUCCAGAAACUGAGCUGAAGAGAUAUUUUGGGGCCCGAGCAGUUCUAGGCGAUCAGAGACCGAGACAGAGGCAGCGGUCACAUCUCCGCAGCGCAUGGCUCACUGUGCCCAAGAGCACUUGGCCACGCCACAGCAAAACAGGUCUCUCUAUGCAGCUGCUUGAGUCAAAGCGAGGGGUGCAGCACUUUGCCUUUGAGCACCACAGAGAGUACCGGCAAGUGCAGUUCAAGUUCUUGGAUGUGGUGGAGUCCAUGGAUCCCAACAACCUUGUGCUUCUGCUCCAGAUGAACCCCUACCAUGUGGACUCACUGCUGCAGCUCAGCGACGUGUGUCGGAUGCAAGAAGACCAGGAGAUGGCCAGAGACCUUGUGGAGAGAGCCCUCUACACCCUGGAGUGCGCCUCUCACCCCUUGUUCAGCCUCACCAGCGGGACCUGCCGGCUCGACUACCGGAGGCCAGAGAACAGAGCUUUCUACCUGACCCUCUUCAAGCACAUGAUUUUCCUGGAGAAGAGAGGGUGCACACGUACCGCUCUGGAGUUCUGCAAGCUCAUCCUCAGCCUGGACCCGGAGAAUGACCCUUUGUGCAUGCUGCUGGUGAUUGAUUUACUGUCGCUGCGAGCAAAGGAGUAUGCCUUCCUGACACGCAUCUUUCAAGAGUGGGAGAGUCACCGGAACCUCUCUCAGCUGCCCAACUUUGCCUUCUCAGUCCCUCUGGCAUAUUUCUUUCUCAGCCAGCAGGAAGAUGUCUCAGAAGCAGAGUCCAGCCACGCUCACGAGAAAGCCUCCGAUCUCGUUCGGCAGGCGCUGAUCAUGUUUCCGAGUGUUCUGAUGCCUUUGCUGGACCACUGCAGCGUGCAGCCGGACGCGAUGGUGGCCUCCCACUCGUUCUUUGGGCCAGAUGCCCAGUUAAGCUCACCUCCUGCUCUGAGCCAGCUGGUUGCUCUGUACUUGGGGCGGACUCACUCCCUGUGGAAGGACCCGGCUGUCAUGGCCUGGCUGGAAACGAACGUCCAUGAAGUGCUGCGAAUGGUGGAUGCCAACAACCCAGCCUUGGAAGAGGCCGAGCAGAAGCGGAAGGUGCGGUACCAGAGUGCUCCCAGGAGCAUCUACCGCCACGUGAUCCUCUCGGAGAUCAGGGAAGCCACUGCAGCGCUGCCUCUGGAAGUGACUUCUCAGCCUAUCAUGGGGUUUGAUCCACUGCCGCCUCUGGACUCCAUUGUGUCCUACACACGGCCAGAAAGGGCCGCGCGACCAUCCAACGAAAGCACUUUGUCGCUCUUCUUUCGCUCAUUGCUGCCGAACUUCCACUUACAAGGAGAAGUUGGAGCUGCUGGAGCGGAGGAGCCGGGCGCAAGGCAAGACCUGAACCAGGGCGUGAACCGGCUGAUGGCAGCCAUGCGCGACAUGCUGGCCAACAUCCAGUUCCAGGAGCCCCCCCAUGAAGACAAUCCUGAGGGGGGUGGGGAGGAAUGGGACUGACCCUGAGCCCCUCGCUCCUCCCCCCCUCCCCCUGUAAUCUCCCUGGUCAUGUAAUAAACAGUCCAAAGCAGGAGGGCGUCUAUGUGCCUCCCACACAGAGGGGUCCUCUGGCUCAGGGGUCCCUUGCCAGCAUCCGGAGAGCAACUGCUGAGCGUAGGUGGGGCUGAGCUGUCGGGAAUAAGGGCCCAGGACUCCGUGGCAGAGCCCAGCCCCUCUUCCGCAUUCAGGACAUUCCGGCUGCAAGCAGAGACCGGGGCAGGAGGGGAGCCCCCCCCCCCUUGUCAUGCUUUGUGCCUCAGUCGAGGCUCUGGGAAGAAACUUUGCCUUUAGACCCAGAGCCUGGCCUGUCUCAAGAGUUUGUGCAGUUACAAUAAUUAUGGCUGAUGAGGCAGAGGGUGUCGUUUAUGUUGGCCAGGGUGCCGACCUUUUCUGAGCCAUGCAGCUUGUUUGGUGGCCUCGGGCUGUACUCCUUCCCUUAGAGUGGCCUACACCACAGGGUAGUUGGGAGAAUAAAAUGGUGAAGGAAGA